AGCGUGACAAUAAUGAUGAUGGAUGGUGGAUUGCGGGAAGCCGGCCCCUCCUUUUUUUUCCCAAGAAUGCAAAUCGCCCAUUCCCUUGGUUGCCGACCAUGGGCUCUUUCUUUUGUCGUGCACCUGGUUGCUGCAAGUUCUAUUAGUUUAUUAGCGACCUUGGUCUUCCCCGGAUGGAUUUGGAGAUAGGCCGAGUAUUCCAGAAACGCCGCGUGUUGCGUACGAGUACAGUUGUACCCGACGAUCCGUGAUCUGCGGCGGUGCAGCUUUCUCCCUCGCUCUCUCUCGGGGCAUCUAAUGGGCGGGCAGUCUUUUUUUUAAGGGCAAGAGAAAAAUAGGGAGAACAUUAUAACCACGGUGCCCACGGCAUGUCGCCCGUAGUCCGUCGGGCUACACUUCCUCCCAAUGUCCAUGGAUACGUGAUGCAAAGAACUGGCACCGGAGAGCUGCACCACCACCAUCAUCCAGGUGACGAAGACGGCUGCCUCGAUAUAACUGCGAGGCCAUAUCUGGGCCACGAGGGUUGGCGGACUCCCACCAUCGAAGAAGACUCAGAUCUACCACCGGUCCACUCCCAGUUGAUCCGCGAAUAUUCCCAAUAUGACCCGGUGACGACGACGCAUCACCGUGAGACCAUGGCACGAACCGCCACCGGCCGGGGCGACAACGACAAUGACGACGAUGAUGAUAGAGAGACAGAGGUCCAGUGCGACGACGACGGUGGCGACGAUGAGGCCGAAAAACCCAAGAACCUGUCCUGGAAGCAAAGGAUGCAACACGUCACUUGGGCAUGGUUCACUCUGACCAUGGCCACCGGUGGUAUAGCCAAUGUGCUGCACGAUGUACCAUACAGAUUCAAAGGCCUGUAUACCAUCGGCCUCAUCUUCUUCCUGUUAAACAUUGUCUGCUACCUCAUCAUCUGGGCCAUGAUCAUCACCCGCUUCGUGCUGUACCCUUGGACUUUCAAAGCAAGUCUGACCCAUCCCACCGAGUCACUUUUCGUCCCCGCGUUCGCCGUGUCGUUCGGGACGAUCCUCAUCAACAUCGUCGAAUACGGCGCCGGUUCGGUCGGUGCUUGGCUCCAACACACCGUCGUCGUACUCUUUUGGUUCGACUGCGGUGUCGCCAUCGGCCUCAGCAUCCUCAUCUACUUCAUCCUGUGGUCGACGUUGACGUUUACCAUUGCGCGGAUGACUCCCGUCUGGAUCUUCCCUGCGUACCCCUUACUGAUCGUAGGCCCGCACGCCGCGAACCUUUCCGAGAAGAUCAGCAACAUGUCUCACGCCAUCCGGAUCAUCAUUGCAGGGUUCACCAUCCAGGGAAUCGGGUUCCUGGUCUCCCUGACCAUCUACUCGGCGUUCGUCUAUCGACUCAUGACGCAGAAGUUGCCCGCUGAACCUCUCCGGCCGGGGAUGUUCGUGUCCGUGGGACCGUCGGCCUUUACGGUCAGCGGCACCAUCGGCAUGGCCCAGAACCUCCAGAAGGUCAUCGGCUCCAACCCGACCUACGAGUUCAUGGCCGUGCCGGGCCUGUUGGCCGCGCGCAUCCUCCGGCUCUGCGCGAACUGGAUGUCACUCUGGUUGUGGGGUCUGGCGUGGUGGUUCUUUUUCAUCAGUCUGUUGUCCAACGCGCAGUGCCUGCACACCGACCACCACAUGCCGUUCGCCAUGACGUGGUUCAGCUUCAUCUUCCCCCAGACGGCCUUGACCACAGCCACCUUCGCCGUGGCCGAGGCGUUCGACGUCGACGCCAUCAGGGUCAUCGGUUGCGUCAUGACCGUCGCCCUGAUCUUGGCCUGGGCCAUGGUGGUCGCGUGCAUGGUCAGGGCCAUCGUCAAGAAACAGGUCUUGUGGCCCGAAAAGGGAGAGGACAAGACCGAGGGAGGCUUCAAACCCGUGCAGCGGACGAGGACGAAUCAAUCUCGAGCGGAAGCUGGUUCGGAAGCUUGACAUCCUUUUCUGAAUGGUUGUUUUCGCAUAUACUGGUACAGCUGUUUUGAGCCCAUUUUGUUGUCAUUGAACACGAAAAGUUCACACAGGAUAGAAUGAUCAACUACAUUGUGUGAAAACGACCACAUUGAAUAUUACUUUGUGUGAACUGCGCCCGUUUCCUCAACAUGUCGUUGGUCAAUAGCCA